AUGGAUGACAUAAUAGAGAAAGUGAACUCGCUGCAGGUUCUGUGCGUAGACAUACAGAACCCCAUAAACAUUCCACAGAUAGUUGUGAUAGGGGCGCAAAGCUCUGGCAAAAGCAGCAUUUUGGAAAACAUUGUAGGGCGCGAGAUACUUCCGCGGGGGACUGGGAUGGUGACGCGGAGGCCUUUGAUGAUUCAAAUUGUGAACACGGAGGGAGAGGAGCACUGCACGUUCGGGCAUGCUCAAAGCGAGGUGUUUUCGUUUGAAAGCGCGCAGGCGGAGAUACAGCGAGAAACCGACAGAAUACUGGAGAACAAAAACGACGUCUCAGCAAUCCCCAUAGUUCUGCGGGUCUACAAAAGGAGCGCACUUCCGCUUACGCUGAUAGAUCUGCCCGGGCUUGUGAAGGUGCAGUCCGACGGGCAGCCAGAGGGCAUUGUCAAAAAGAUCGAGGAGCUUGUUCGGUCGUACGUACAGAACGCAAACACGAUAAUUCUUGCCGUUUCCCCAGCAAGCACAGACAUAGCCAGCUCCGACGCUCUUAUGAUGGCUCGCGAAGUAGACCCCGACUUUGAGCGCACGCUCUGCGUCUUGACCAAAGUUGAUCUUAUGGACCCAGGGACAGACAUUGUCAACGUCCUGCAGGGAAAAGUCAUCAAGACCAAGCUUGGGUUUAUUCCUGUGAUAUGCCGCGGAGAGCUGUCUCUGAAGAGCAAGGUCCAGAUAAAGGACGCGCUAGACAGGGAAAGGAGGUACUUCCAAGACUCUCCUGCGUACACGAAAAACCGCAAGUUCUGCGGCAUCCCGUACCUAAUUACGCGCCUGAACGACAUUCUCAAGAAAAACAUAGGAAAAAGCACCGCGUACCUUCAGGACAGAAUUUCCUUCUUGCUGCGAAAAAUGGAGAAGGAGCUGCAGGAAAUGGGGAGCUCAGUGAAAGACGAGCGGCAGAUGGUCAUGCAAAUGAUCACAGAAUUUCGGCAGGAGCUGGACAGAAAAGUCGCUGGAACUCCAAAGGCCAACACCAAGCACCUGGCAAAGGAGAUUGUGGACGGCGCCCGGAUAUCGUACACGCUGGACACGCUUUUCUUCAAGUCGGUGCAAAGUUUGGACCUGUUUGACGCAACCGACACGGAAAUUGAGAAUGUGAUGCACAAUACUUCUGGCGUGUUUGGGGGCGUGAGCUCCACGCAAAGUCUGUACCACUUUAUGGCGCAGGCCGUUGACAGGGCAAGGCCGCACUGCCUGCAGGUUUCCACGAAGGUGUUUUUGGAAAUGCAGAGCAUGAUGGAGUGCAUCCUAGGGGCGCGGCAGCUUGAGAGAUUUCCCAGGCUCAAGGCAGAGCUGUGCAGAAGCAGCAGUGCUCUUCUCAAGGAAAGACUCGGCGCAGCUAACAGUUCUAUAAAGGAGUUCCUGCAGUGGAAUGCAACGUACAUUAGGCCGGUGCCUGCUUCUGCGGGGUCGCCAAAUGUGAUUUGUGCAGGAGUGGGACAGGGGCCCAGCAUAAGCCCGGAAAUUGAGCUGCUCAAGAGGCAGGUUCUCCAGCAGAUACAGCACCUCAAGGGGACAAUAACCGACCAGGUCCCCAAAAUAGUCAUCUUUGAGGUAGUGCAUAAGACCAUGAACAUGCUGCAGCAGAGGCUGAUCGAAGACAUAUACACCCUGGAGAGCAUUCCAGCCCUUCUGCAAGAAGAAGAAUCCGCAAAGGAGAAAAGAGAGUCUUUGCAGAGGUCGAUACUCUCGCUGGAAAAGGCGCACGCGAUAGCAAGCACUCUGUAA